CAAAAUUUGUGUGUUUACUUGUAAAACCGAAGUGUUUUUCUUUUCUUAGAAAAAGAUAUUUUUACUUCCAAAAGAAAAUGUACAGAAAAGGAAGAGAUAUACCAGGCUGUGCCCCAUACUCAUAUGGACUAGUAGCAAAACAGCCGAAUACUAAUACAAGAAUACGUCUGAUGGCGAUACACCAACGAAUGAUCGACGAAGCUGCAAAAGAUCAAGAGGAAACUUUGAAAACCAACCAACGUGAUAUUCUUAAGAGUAAAUUCCACAAGUCAACAGAUAAAAAGUGCCUGGAAACAAAAAUACGCGACCAAGUCAAUAAAAGUCUUCAAGCAGCAGAGGAGAACCUGAACUGUAAAAGAGAGAGAUUGCGCAGUCUGUUAUUGUCAGAGGAGAGGCAUUACAUGAGAGAGAUGGUGUCCAAGUCACAGCAUGAGGCAGACAGUGUGGUGGAGGACCAGAGAUUGAGGGCUUUGGAGGUCAAAGUACGCAGACAAGCUGAAGACGCUGCUCUGGCGGCCGAGAAGAGGCUGCAACAGUACAUGAAUCGUUGUGAAGAGUUGAGGGCAUUUAGAGAAGCUCUCAACACAAAAGAGGUGGCACAAGCGGUGUUGAAGCAGGUAGAAGAUAAACAAAAGCAAAGAGAAGCUGAUAAAGAGAUGGAGAAAAUGUGGGAGGAUGUGGCGAGGAAAAACUACGCAUUGAUGGUUGCCUAUGAAGAGGAAGAAGCACGUAAAAGGAAACAUAGAAUGAAGGAGAUUAAUGACAUUCUUCAAAACCAAAUAAAAGGAAUUCAACUAUAUAAAGAGGAAGAAGAGAGGCUCAAAAUGGAGGAACGUGCAAGACUUCAGAAGGAGAGGGAAAAGUUGAUCGAAGAAGAAGAAUUAGCAAAAAGGGAAGUGGAAUUAAAGAAGAGGAUGAUGUAUGAGGAAAUGGAGAAGGUGAACAAACAGAGUAUUGAGUUAUAUGAACGGAGAAAAGCUCAGGAGAAAGUUCUCAAUGAUAUGUUCUGUCAGCUGAUCCAAGAAGAAUUGAGAAAAGAACAAGAACAAGCCCAUGAUAAUAAGUCCCAGCUUCGAAAAGAAUCAGAACUUUUCAAAGCUCAUCUAGAGGAGAUGAAUCUGCAAAGGAAAAGGCAAGAAGAGGAAAUUGAUGAACUCAGAGCAAGAGAAGUGGCUAAAAUAGACGCAAAGCAACAAGAAGCUGAUAUAAAGAAGUGUGAAGCAGCCCUCAAACUGAAAGAGGCAGUAUUGAGGGAGCGAUGUUUACAAAUUAAAGCAAUAGAGAAGAGAAAAGAAGAGGAAAAGAGAAAAGAGCUUGAAGAGGCAAGACUAGCAGAGCUUAUGCGAUUGGAACAUUUGGCCUUGGAGGAAGAUCAGAAGAAAGCAAAAGCUAAGGAACAGAAGGAAUAUCGCAUUGGUUUAGCAAAGCAAAUAGAGGACAACAAAUUGACUUUGAUGAAGCAAUGCGAGGAAGAAGAAAGACAAUUGAGGGAAAGUAUUUUGAAGGAAGAAAUCUACUUUAACAAAGUGAAAGACAUCAUGGCUAACCAGUGUUCUUCAGAAACUCAUCCAUUCAUGAAAAAAUUACAAGGAAUGGCUGCUUAAAUCAGUUGAAUAUUUUACAAAGAAUUCAAAAUCAUUUGCAAUCAAAGUGCAUUUUUGUGCACUUUUACUUUAACUGCAACAACUUCUGGAUGUUAACUGUAAAUGAUUAUCUCGUUUGUCUGUAAACAUUUUUCUACUUAGGCCUACCUCUAAUUUUAUUAUUUAAAUUAACAUUUUCAUUGCUACCUUUAAUAAUGAUUCUCAAACAUACAAAAUCCAUUUCUCAAUACACUUUUUAAAAUUGUACUUAUGUUUUUUGUUUUGUAUGUUGAUGUGCGAACCUUAGGAUUUUACACAUAACUAGGCACAGUUUAUCUGUUGCUGUAUGGAAGAACUAUCUUUAUCAAAAGCCAUAAAAAAAGUAUUUUAUUUG